AUGCCGACUCUGCUCUCUCCUCUGAAGAAGCUAUUCUGCAAGAAUUCAUUCCGUCCUCUCCAAUGCUGCUUAUAGAGGAUUAGAUGAGGCGUCGCAUGCCAAGUCAUCGAUCCGGGUUCGCCUCCUUCCAGCCGACGAGAACCGUCCGUCGCCCUUCGGAUCAACGGCAGGGGAUACCUCACACGCUUCGCCGACCGCCGCCGCGAAGCUUUUACUAUAAAUGCCUCGCCGCCGAUUCUUACCGAUGGUGCUGUUCAUUGGUUUCCUCUGCUAGGGUUUCUGUGGGACUUCUUUUCCGUGAAGGGGAGGAAGGGGGAGGAUGUCGGGGAGGGGUAAGGGAGGGAAGGGGCUGGGCAAGGGCGGCGCGAAGCGCCAUCGCAAGGUGCUGCGGGACAAUAUCCAGGGGAUCACCAAGCCGGCGAUCCGGAGGCUGGCGAGGAGAGGAGGCGUUAAGCGCAUUAGCGGCCUUAUCUACGAGGAGACGAGAGGCGUCCUCAAGAUCUUCCUGGAGAACGUGAUCCGCGAUGCAGUCACCUACACGGAGCACGCUCGCCGGAAGACCGUGACGGCGAUGGACGUGGUCUACGCGCUGAAGAGGCAAGGCCGCACCCUGUACGGUUUCGGUGGUUAAUGUUCUUGCUGCUCAGAAAGUCUUGCUGUCAAGAAAAUCCGCGGAGAACGAUGAAAGAGGGGAAAAGGAUAGUGAGAUAGGGAAAAUAGAUUAUUCGAGGGUUGUUUAAUCCGUAAUCUGGAUUCUAGGGUUCCAUCUCCUCGGUGUUCUAUUGUUCAUUCUUGUUCCUCUUUCUCUUUGGAGGACCUCCAACUCUGUAAUCCGAUCGCUGCUCCCAUUUCUCCAACCCUGUAGCGCAGAAUCUUUUCUUCCGAGUCCCGAUUCCUUUCGAACGACAUCGUAAAUCGUCUGUUCAACGACUCUGUUGAAUCCUGAAAUCGCUUUGAGGGCAUGGUAGAAUGGGAUGCCUCUCGAAGUCGGAACACAUUAGAGUUCCACAGGAAUUAGCUUGCGAAUAUGGACCGAUAUGAAAGAGAAAUCCAGAUACGAAAAAAAGAUCGAAUGUUGACUAUCCUCCAUAGCGUCGUGACCCGCAGUCCAUUCAUGGGCUACCUUACGAUGCUCCGCAGUCGAGGAUAGAACGGUGGAGAUAUUCUUCCUAACUGCGUCGUCGAGUCGCGAUUACUGGGGGGGGCUUAGGUUGCCUGGCCGUCCAUCAUACCAUCUGCUUUUUGUAGUAGGGGUAUUUUGGUCACAUGAAAAUAUAGGGCGCUAUAUAAGCGGUCUACGGCCCAAGCGUGCCCCCACCCUGUCGAUGUAUAUCGUCCCUGUUCUUCACGGUCGCCCAACCCCUCGCCAGAAGCUCCCGCCUGAGCAAAGGGGGUCACGAGGUUCAGGACCCAAACGAGAAGCAACGAAUACCUAAUCUCUCUACGCAUCGUCUCUCUCUCUCUCUCUCUCUCUCUCUCUCUCUCUGUGAAUAAGCCAUAUACGUAGGAAAUUUUUUCCAUCUUUCAUUGUCGUAAAUAAUUUCAGUUUUUGUCUUUUAAUUAAAGUUUCCGAUUCUGUACCUUUCUUCCCUCCUUUUUCGUCCUUCUCUUCUUUCUUCUCCCUGUUUUGCCGAAUCGAUACGCAGUGGAAAGAAACUAUUUCCGCGCCGCAGGGAUCUGUAAACGUUGGCUAAGGUAAUGGGCUAACGUUUGGUUCUAGGGUUUUUUCUGCGAUCUGCUGUCGUUAGUGAAGGUUUUUUGAUUGAAUCUGUUGAAUUUCUUGUAAGCAGGGUUUGUGAAUUGCCUGCGGAGACAAUUGUUCGAUGCUCAGACGAGAGUGAACGUUGUCGGCGUUUAUUCAAUGGAGUUAGAGUCUAAUUCACUGGAGGUAACUUUUCAUGCGUUUGUCUGCUUCUCUUUUCGUAAUAUUACAUGAGGUCCUUGUCUUUCUGUCUGUUCGGAUUACUGGGGACGCUCUUGGAGCCGUUCUAUAUCUUAGGAUUGGACUACAAUGGAAUGUACUGGAUACCACUGGCACUGGAUUUGUUCGAUUUGAUCAUAAUCUACUGGCUUUUUGCAUCUUUUGUUUGCUCGUAAAGGCCAUUCGAUUAAGUUACCUCAAAAGUUACGAUUUCGCGUAACUUUUGAGGUAUUUUCAAUUUCUAUGUUAUUCUUACGCUGCUCAAAAGUUACGUGAAAUCGUGGCUACGCGAUGAAAUUGCUGGUCUCUUAGAUCUUCAUACUCCCUGUGCGGCAUAAAGUGUUGCAUCAGAAUUUUGUCGGAUAUUUAUGAGGAGUAGAUUGAUAUUGUUUUCAACUGUGUACGGAUGCGAGUGUUUGGAACAUAGCCAGAACGCAGUUAUGAUUUUGUCUGGGGGCCUGGACUCGUUUCUGGGUUAAGUACGCUGGUUUCUAUGACGUGUCUUGCUAUUUUUUCCAAAUAG